UCGACAUUCAGCAAACAGCGGGUUUGUCCGGCCGCGUGGACCUGAUCCUGAAGUUUUAUCAGUUUAAUUUUAACAGAACGACGCCACAGUCCGGCGGGAGGACGGGUUUUGUGGAGUUUUUCCGCGCUUUUAGCUCGUUCUCGUGGCUUUAGCCGGUGCUAGCUGCUGUAGUGUAAUUGUUGCUAGGUUACGGUGUCAUUAAGUUCACGAGAUCAUUCAACAGACGGGUUUGUGCGCGUGCCCGGGGGUUUACGGCUCUCAAAUAAGUUUAUAAGAUUUUACAGGGACAGUUUAUCUCUGUUUUUCAUUGACACCGCGCUGUGAGGAAGAGGAGGAUGGAUUUUCUCGCUGGCUGCAUUGGAGGAGCUGCUGGAGUCCUGGUCGGGCAUCCGUUCGACACAGUGAAGGUCCGUCUCCAGGUCCAGAGUGUGGACAGACCUUUGUAUCGAGGAACCUUCCACUGCUUCCAGUCCAUCGUCCGUCAGGAGUCAGUCUUUGGCUUGUACAAAGGCAUCGGCUCGCCCAUGAUGGGCCUCACGUUCAUCAACGCCAUCGUGUUCGGCGUCCAGGGUAACGCCAUGCGGCACCUGGGUCAGGACACGCCCACUAACCAGUUCCUGGCCGGAGCCGCGGCGGGCGCCAUUCAGUGCGUGAUCUGCUGCCCCAUGGAGCUGGCCAAGACGCGCAUGCAGAUGCAGGGCACCGGGAUGAAGAAGUCGUCCACCAAGAAGCUGUACAAGAACUCUCUGGACUGUCUGAGCCGGAUCUACCAGCGCGAGGGCCUGAGGGGCGUGAACCGCGGCAUGGUCACCACGCUGCUCCGGGAGACGCCCGGGUUCGGCGUGUACUUCUGGGCCUACGACGUGCUGACGCGGGGGCUCGGCUGCGAGCCCGAGGACCCCUACAUGAUCCCCAAGCUGCUGUUGGCGGGGGGCAUGGCGGGCAUCGCCUCGUGGCUCUCCACGUACCCGGUGGAUGUGAUAAAGUCGCGUCUGCAGGCAGACGGCGUGGGCGGGGACAGGCGGUACAGCGGUAUCGCGGACUGCGUACGGCAGAGCGUGCAGAGGGAGGGCUACAUGGUGUUCACGCGAGGACUCACCUCCACGCUGCUCAGAGCAUUUCCUGUCAACGCCGCCACCUUCGCCACCGUAACGCUGGUGCUGAUGUACGCGCGCGGAGGGGAGGAGUGUCCCAAAGACUGUGAGCCCGCCCCCCUCGCGCAGGCCGCGCCCCCUCCCGUGCAACAAGCCCCGUCCUCUCAGAUCCAGCCCAGCAGCCUGUGAUGGACACGCCCCCUUCCACUCUGCACUUUACUGAGACCUGAGGCAUUCCCAGCGUUUUUACUCCAACAAAACUAUUUAUUCAGCAGUGUUUUCAUGUCUCUGCAGUACCUCAUGGAGACCAACAGGGGGCGGGCUCUUCUAGGGGAGUUUAAAGUAACGGCUGUAACUCCAGACAAUGAAACACAAACUUUUAUUUUUAAUACUCAUCUGAAACUUGUGUUAUAAAUGCAUCUAUUUUAAUAAUUGUGUUGUGGUCUCUGGUUUAUAAACUGAAACGUGAAGAGGAUUUUUCUUCCAGAAUCACAGGUGCUGCCCCCUGUUGACCUCCAUUGAUAUAGUUUCAACCUCAGAUAUUUGUUCCAUUCAUUUCAAACACACCUGGACUGGACGGGAUGCCCUGUACUGUAAACAUCAGUAUUUUAACUGUGUGUGUAAAUAUGACAGUUCAUUUUAUCUUGUACAGAUGUGGAGACGUUUUCUGCCUUAUGAGAUGAACGAGUUUGAUUUAAAACUUAUGAACCAAUGAAUGAGCCAGGACUAAAUGUAGCAUCUCAGACCUCCCCAAAGGAAACCGGGUUGUUCCGACUCCGUGUUGUUAAAUAUAUAUUUCCUUACAGAGGCUCGCCCGUCCCCGGUACGACAAACGCCACCUUCACAGUGACAUGGAUUUUCAGAUAUUUAUUACUGAAAAAUGUGAGACUUUAAACUCAACAGGACGAUACGGUUUUACUCGGAGACGCGUGAAUCGGUAGAAACACAACUUUGCACGUGUUUGAGUGAGUUCAUGUGGAGGGAGCGGUGGCGGUGGUCACAUGUGCACGCUUAUUAUCAGACUGUAGAGUGGAGUUUACGCCGCCCUGCGUUUCUGCGUCGCGUUUUCAAGCAUCAGAGCACCGCCAAUAAAAUAAAAUAAAACGCCAAAUCCUCCCGUGUGUUUGUGAUCACGCUCCUUCUGAUCACUCACUUCAGAUUUUGCAGUUUGCGUUUCAUUUACAUAAGUAUUAAAUAACGAGGAGCCG